AUGUCCCAGAUGCUGCACAUCGAGAUCCCCAACUUCGGCAACACCGUGCUGGGCUGCCUGAAUGAGCAGCGCCUCUUGGGCCUCUACUGUGAUGUAUCCAUCGUGGUCAAGGGCCAGGCCUUCAAGGCCCACCGCGCUGUGCUGGCGGCCAGCAGCCUUUACUUCCGCGACCUCUUCAGCGGCAACAGCAAGAGCGCCUUCGAGCUGCCGGGCACGGUGCCGCCCGCCUGCUUCCAGCAGAUCCUGUCCUUCUGCUACACGGGCAAGCUGACCAUGGCGGCCAGCGAGCAGCUCGUGGUCAUGUACACGGCUGGCUUCCUGCAGAUCCAGCACAUCGUGGAGCGUGGCACUGACCUCAUGUUCAAGGUCAGCUCGCCCCACUGCGACUCGCAGACCGCCAUGAUUGAGGAUGCCAGCUCUGCGCCCCAGAGCCCCUGCAACCAGCUGCAGCCCGCCCCCACCGCGCCCUACGUCGUGUCCCCCUCGGUGCCCAUCCCACUGCUGACCCGCGUGAAGCACGAAGCCAUGGAGCUGGCGCCGGCUGCCGGCCCCAGCCUAACCCACAAGCGCCCGCUGGAGACGGGGCCCCGGGACAGCGUGGCGGUGGCGGCAGGCGCCGCGGUGGCAGCCCCCCUCAAACUGCCCCGCGUCUCCUACUAUGGGGUGCCCAGCCUGGCCACCCUCAUCCCCAGCAUCCAGCCGGUGCCCUAUGCCCAGGGCGAGAGGACCAGUCCGGGGGCCAGCAGCCUGCCCACCACCGACAGCCCCACCUCCUACCACAAUGAGGAGGACGAGGAGGACGACGAGGCCUACGACACCAUGGUGGAGGAGCAGUACGGCCAGAUGUACAUCAAGUCAGGCGGCAGCUACGCAGUGCAAGAGAAGCCCGAGCCAGUGCCGCUGGAGAGCCGCUCCUGCGUCCUCAUCCGUCGAGACCUGGUGGCCCUGCCUGCCAGCCUCAUCAGCCAGAUCGGGUACCGCUGCCACCCCAAGCUCUACUCGGAGGGGGACCCCGGCGAGAAGCUGGAGCUGGUGGCAGGCUCCGGGGUCUACAUCACGCGGGGCCAGCUGAUGAACUGCCAUCUGUGUGCGGGCGUGAAGCACAAGGUCCUGCUGCGGCGGCUCCUGGCCACCUUCUUCGACAGGAACACGCUGGCCAACAGCUGCGGCACGGGCAUCCGCUCCUCCACCAGCGACCCCAGCCGCAAGCCGCUCGACAGCCGUGUCCUGAAUGCUGUGAAACUGUACUGCCAGAAUUUUGCCCCGAGCUUCAAGGAGAGCGAGAUGAACGUGAUCGCCGCAGACAUGUGCACCAACGCCCGCCGCGUCCGAAAGCGCUGGCUGCCGAAGAUCAAGUCCAUGCUGCCCGAGGGCGUGGAGAUGUACCGCACGGUCAUGGGCUCCUCGGCCGCCAGCGUGUCCCUCGACCCCGACUUCCAGCCCACCGCCGCCGCCCAGGUAUUCGAGCAGCGCAUCUUCGCCGAGCGCCGGGGCGACACCGCUGCCAUCGUGACUCUGAGAACGGACACCGUGAAUGUAGACCUGGGUGCUGCCGCUGCCGCCGCUGCCAACCCCGCCUUCGAGGCCGGCGAGGAGGCCGACGGGGCUGGCUCGGUCAUCCAGGAGGUGGCCGCACCUGAGCCACUGCCCGCCGAUGGCCAGAGCCCCCCCCAGCCCUUCGAGCAGGGCAGUGCCAGCUCCAGCCGGCCCGAGACGCCCGCUCGGAGACCGGAGGCGGGCAGCUACGCGGGGACUUUGUAAGAGCGAGCCAGCGAAGGAGCAAGCGGAGGAAGGUGUGGCCGCGGACCGUAGGGGUCGCGGACCGUAGGGGUCUCAGCACUAGAGCUGCUUGCAUGCGUUACUAAUACAGACCAAUGUGAUGAGCCACCCCCACUGAACUGCUACUGUUGCCUGAAAACAAUGUGACUUUAUUCUGCUUGUAUCGAGAACUCAUGAAGGAAACUAUUGCAUUCGUUAUACUGUAAGCGAUUAGGUCACUGGCGACCUAGUUGCAAGAAGGUCCCAGGGCUCCUUUUGAUAUU